UAAUACAUGUGUUUCAACUUGUUAUUCCAAGUGCCCAAGCUUUUGAUUACUUCACCAACUGCACAGGUAGUUCUAAUUACACCCAAAACAGUCAGUACCAAAAAAAACUUCGGUAAUCUCUUAUUCGAGUUAACUGCAGAAGCUUCGCUUUCUGGUUUUUAUUACUCAUCUGUAGGUCAGAUCCCUGAUAAAGUCUAUGGCCUUUACCUAUGCCGGGGUGACAUUGGUGGUCAAGGUUGUGGCCAAUGCGUAUACCAGGCUCAAAAUAGUAUCCUCAAAGAGUGUCCGACCCAGAUAUGGGCUGUUCUGUGGUAUGACAAUUGCAUGCUUCAUUUCUCUAACGAGACAUUCUAUCAUCAGAUGGAUGAUUACCCAAGCAACGUGGAAUGGAACCCUGAAAACAUAACUAGUAACAAGACUCGGGCAUUUUCUAAGGUGCUUAACAAUACCAUGAUGGAUUUGACACCAGAAAUUGUGAACAGCAAGGUGAAAUUUGGUACCAAAAUGGCUAACAUCACAAGCUCAAAGAAGUUAUAUACCUUAGGGCAGUGCACGCUAGACUUGUCAGCA